AUGUCCCUCCCACCCCCAUCCCCGGUGUCACGUUCUCCUGGUCCUCCUGGUCCUCCUGGUUCUCCCGGUCCUCCUGGUCCUCCGUUGAUCCGUCUGAACUCUGACUUCCUGCGGAACCAAACCGAAGUGGUCCUGACCGCUGGCCCCGCCUGCACCCUCAGUUGCCUUGGUAACGGCUUGAUCAGCUGGACCUUCACUGCGUUUGAUCUGCUGUACCGGAACCGAUCGCUGAACCCCGUUAAGGUGCCGCAGCUGACCCCCCGACACACCGGGACAUACCGCUGCGGGUACACCAACCAGAGCUUGGACCACCUGCACACCUGGAUACACCUGUACGUCAAAGACCCAACCGACCCCUCCAGCGUCUUCGUCACACCUCGCCGUCUCCCUGACUUCAAGGAGGGGGAGGACUUCCUGUUCCGCUGCCUGCUGACCGACCCCUCCGUCACCAACCUCACCCUCCAAUCAGAGGACGGCGUCAGAGCCAGGGGGCGGGGCCUGCCCUCCGGCAUGAAGGUGACCUUUGACCCCCGGAGAGGAGCCCUAAUCCAGGAAGUGCAGGUGUCCUUCAGAGGGCAUUACGUCUGUUCAGGCUGGAGGGACGGGACGCAGUUCAAGUCCAAACCUGUCCACCUGCUGGUGACGCCCAGACUACAUCGUCCUCCCUCAGUGUCUGUCAGUGAGGACGAGGUCGUCCGUCUGGAGGGAGAGACAUUUGACGUCACCUGUCGCGCCAGUAACCCCUCCUACUUCUACAACCUCACUUGGACACACCCCCAAGGAGAGCCUCUCAGGGUCUUUGAAAGCUGUUCACCUGGAAGCUGUCUGAGAAAGACAAGCAUGCUGAGGGUGCCUGCUGUGCGUCUGACGGACGGGGGGACGUACACCUGUAAGGCCUUCAAUGAGGCCGGAGUCGCCACGGAAACCACACACCUGAGAGUUCUGG